AUGGUCAGGACAUCUUCGCUCCUGUCGCUCCUGGCCACAGCCGCCACGACGGUUGUUGGCCAGGCCGAUCCUAAGCCCGCCACACCACCCGCCAUUCCCGGUGCCUACAUCAUUGAGUUCGAGGACGGCCACAACACCCAGGCUGCCAUCGACACCGUCAAGCAGGACGCCACCGUCCGUCUCAACCUCAACUACGACCUGUUCCAGGGCGUCUCCAUCCAGCUCAACGAUGUCAAGACGGCCGAGGAAAAGGCCAAGAAGCUCGCCGAUCUACCCGAGGUCAAGAACAUUUGGCCCGUCACCGUCGUUCCCCGUCCCGAUCCCAUCAUUGAAUGGGUCGCGACCGAAGGCCUGCAGGUGCUCGGCGACAAGUCCGCCUCGGUAGGCGGCCUCGGCGCCCGCGACACCGCCGAUCCCAUCAGCACUGCGCAACGCAUGGGCCAGAUUGAAAAGAUGCGUGCCAAGGGCUACAAGGGUCGCGGCAUCAAGAUUGCCGUUGUCGACAGUGGUAUCGACUACAAGCAUCCCGCUCUCGGUGGAUGCUUUGGAGAGGGCUGCCUUGUCACCCACGGCUACGAUCUCGUCGGCAACGACUACGGCAGCACCAGCUGGAACCCUGCCCCCAAGGACGACCCCAUGGACUGCGGCGGCCACGGCAGCCACGUCGCCGGCAUCAUCGCCGCACAGCCUAACCAGUACAACUUUACCGGCGUGGCGCCCGACGUCACUCUCGGCGCCUUCAAGGUCUUUGGCUGCAAGGGCGGCACCGGCACCGAUAUCCUGAUCUCGGCCUUCAACCGGGCUUACCAGGCAGGCUCCGACCUCAUCACUGCCUCCAUCGGCGGUCCUGCGGGCUGGGUCGACGAGCCCUGGGCACUGGCUGUCUCGCGUAUCGUUGAGCGCGGUGUUCCCUGCACCAUCUCUGCCGGUAACUCCGGUACCUACGGCCUUUUGUACCCCAGCAGCGGGUCGUCGGCAAAGGGCGCCGUGUCCAUCGCCUCGUACGACAACACCGACACCCCCGCGCUCGCCAACAUCAACUACUACUCGGUCGAUGGCGGCGACAAGCAGGAAAUUCUCACCACCGGCUCCGACCUGGACGCCUGGGACGGCGUGACGCUCGACGUCUGGGCUGGCAGCUACGACACCAACAAGACCGACGACGGCUGCAGCGCGCUGCCCGCUGACACACCCGACCUGAGCAACAAGAUUGUUCUCAUCCACCGCGGCACCUGCUCCUUUGUCGACAAGGUCAACAAUGCGGCGGCCAAGGGCGCCAAGUACAUCAUGAUCUACAACAACAAGCCCGACCCGUUGAGCAUGCUCGUCGACGGCGCCAAGGCCCUGGCUGUUGGCCUCAUGGGACAGGACGAUGGCAUCAAGUUGAUCAACCUGCUCAAGGCCGGCAAGGAGGUGACGCUGUCCAUGAACAGCAAUGCCAAGACGGCCAAGGUGCUCUCGUACAAGCAGAACACGAUCACUGGCGGUGCGCUCAGCUCCUACACCAGCUGGGGUCCCUCGUGGGAGCUCUACGUCAAGCCCGAUGUUGGUGCGCCCGGUGGUAACAUCCUGUCGACCUACCCCACGGCCAAGGGUUCCUGGGCCGUCAUGUCGGGCACUUCGAUGGCGGCGCCCUUCAUUGCCGGCUCCGUUGCCCUGAUCCUCGAGGUGCGUGGCAAGAAGCUUUCGCCCGCCACCAUCACGAACCUCCUGUCGGCCAACGCCAAGCCGCAGCUGUUCAGCGACAACACCAAGUUCCUGUCGAAGCUCGCGCCUGUUCCGCAGCAAGGUGCUGGUAUUAUCCAGGUGUACGACUCUGCUUUCGCCACCACGCUGCUAGAGCCGUCGAGCCUGUCCUUCAACGACACGGCCAACUUUGUCAAGAAGCACACCAUCAAGCUCAGCAACACGGGCGAGGAGUCGGUCAGCUACGACCUUGGCCAGGUGUCCGCCUUCACCAUGUACUCGCUCGGCACGUCGGGCACCCAGGUCACGGCCUUCCCCAACGAUGCUGUUGACGCGUACGCCAAGCUCAGCUUCAGCAAGGACAAGGUGACGAUUGCGGCCGGCGGAUCGGAGUCGGUGGACGUGACCGUGUCGCCGCCCGAGGGUGUCGAUGUCAAGCGGCUGCCGAUCUGGUCCGGCUACAUCACCUUCAACGGCACGGACGGCACGUCGCUGUCGAUGCCGUACCAGGGUGUGUCGGGCUCGAUGCUGGACCACGCCGUGAUUGACCGGGACGGCGCGAGCUGGAUCGCGUGGAGCGACGACAAGGACCUCAAGCCGCUGCCUGUCAACAUGACCUUUACGCUGCCCAAGCCGGGCCAGACCGGGUGGUCAACGCGCCUGCCCACCUUUGUCCUCAACAUGUCCCUGGGCUCCAAGAACGUCACGGGCCACCUGGAGCCCAUGACGACGUGCCCUCCCAACGGCACGUACGAGUACAAGGGCUUCAAGACGAUCGGCUCGCCCGCCGACUUCCCGCUCCUCUACAUCAGCCGACUUAACAGGUCGAAUGCGUGGGACGGCCAGUUGGCGAGCGGCCAGUACGCGCCCGCGGGCAAGUACCGUCUGAUUACGCGGGCGCUGCGUGUAUUUGGCGACCCCAGCAACGAGAAGGACUGGGAUACGUCGAUUGGUAACCGCUUCGUCAUCAAAUACGAGUAG